AUGGAAGGCCGCGUGAGCAACUUCAAGAAGGUCCUCGCCGACUUCGAGAGCCGGCUGCCGGGGGCGGACUUCGUCGCCAUCGACACGGAGCUGACGGGCGUGGACCUCGAGGGGGAGAUCGACUCCUUCGACGACUCGGCGCUGUCUCGCCUUGACCGGCACUGCCGCAUCGCCGAGCGGUACACGCUGAUCCAGCUGGGCUUGACCUUGGUCAGCCAGGAGCGGAAUGGCGGAAGGGAGGACGUCCUGAGCUUCGCGAGCUACAACCUCUUCGCCUUCCCAUACGCUGGCAACGACCUGAUUGGACGUGACCAAGGCUUCUUCUGCCAGGCCUCCGCCCUGCAGUUCAAUGCACGCAACAAUGUGGACUUUAAUACGUGGAUUCGCGAUGGAAUCCCGUACAUGAGCCGCGAGGAUGAGCGCCGCUACAAGAAGUACUACGCCAGCAUAGGAGGCAUUGCUGAUGAGAAGGUUGGCCUCUUGCGGCUUUGGAAAGCCCUUUGUGCUCGGCAGCUACCAUUCGUCGUGCACUGCCCGCUGGACCUCUUCUUCUUGCUGGCGGCCUUCGAGCGGCGGCCGCUGCCUCGCAACGACCCGCGGGCCAUGGCGCAGAUCAUCCGCCACUGUACGCCCAAGGUGGUGGACACGGCGCACCUUCACGGUGCCCUGGGCGGCUUCAAGCGCCUCGGCCUCACGAUGUUCGCGAAGGAUGCGAAGGCGAGGCACCGGGAGUUGGCGGGGAACGGGACCGUGCCCCACCUGAAGUUCCGCCUCGUCUCGGAGACGGCCAGUCGCUACGGUUCCCAAGCCGACCGGAACGAGCUGGCGCACGAGGCAGGUUUCGACUCCCUGAUGACAGCGCAGCUGUUCGCCUACCUUCGAGCCAUCUCGCCGACGCAAGUGCGCGAGGGCGCAAACCGGCUUUUCCUGUACAAGAGCAUCGAGUAUCUGGACUUGGACAGGGCGGCUCUAGAAGGGGAGGUUGGCGCCUGCAUGUUUGAUCUUAGCCGCGUUACGCUCCUUGUGGCUGCCUUGGACACCGUCGAUGGCAACGAUGCCCCCAGGCUCAUCACCAAUGCAGGGUAUCUGUGUAAGUCGAUCGACGCGCAGCACGUCCUCGUCGUGAUGAGGGCCUCUGGUGGUGCUGCUGUCCGCAAGGCAGCGGAGCUUGCAGGGAAGGUGCACGGCGUAGUUUCCUGGAUGGGCUUCGACGAGUGGCGACAGGGAGAGGCAGCCAAGGCCAAGUACCACAACGGGGACCGGCCGGAUCCCGGUCGGUCCACUGGGCGCCCCAGGAAUGGCGAUGUGGAUCCACCUGAGCUUGAGCCGCCGGCGGCGGAGCCCUUGACGGAGCUCUCGGUGGAGGCCUCCGCCUCCGCCCCGUCUCCAUCGCCCAAGGAGACGCCGCAGAUGGACCCCAUAGACAGACAGGCGCCGACGGAGCUACCGACAGGCGAUCCGGAUCCGGGGCUCGGCGAGGGCCUCCGGCGCUCCGUUGCUGGCAUCUUCAGGCAGAAACCGAAGCUCCUGGCCGGGGCCGGCCUUCUGCUUCUGUGGAUGCUUGCCCGGGCAGAAGUGGAUUCGGCAAUCUCCAGGCUGUUCCGGAAACUCUUCCGGGGAAGGCCCUUGCUGCGGAGUGCUUGA